CGCGCCCCCAUGGCGGAACCCGCGCCCGGGUGGCGGCCGCUGCCGCUCGUCGCGCUGGCCCUGGCUCUCCUGGCGCUGGCCCCCGGGCCGCCCGAGGUCCGGGCCGGGCAGACUCCGCGCCCCGCCGAGCGGGGGCCCCCGGUGCGGCUCUUCACCGAGGAGGAGCUGGCGCGGUACGACGGCGCCGAGGAAGACCAGCCCAUUUACUUGGCGGUGAAGGGAGUGGUGUUUGAUGUCACUUCCGGCAAAGAGUUUUAUGGGCGAGGAGCCCCCUACAAUGCCUUGACCGGGAAGGACUCCACCAGAGGGGUGGCCAAGAUGUCGCUGGACCCUGCAGAUCUCACCCAUGACACUACGGGGCUCACAGCCAAGGAGCUGGAGUCCCUGGAAGAUGUCUUCACCAAGGUGUACAAAGCCAAGUACCCCAUCGUCGGCUACACAGCCCGGAGGAUCCUCAACGAGGAUGGUAGCCCCAACCUGCACUUCAAGCCUGAAGACCAGCCCCACUUUGACAUCAAGGAUGAGUUCUGAUGUCCCACUGAGUGGCAGCUUCUCGGGAGGGUGAGGAUGGGGGCAGGCACCAGAUCUGCAAAACAGUCUGCCUGGAGCCCUCGAGUCACCAGAUCUGAACAAAGCAGCCUUUAACCCAGAGCAGCAGCUGCCUUUAUAGUCCUUGGGCAGGAGUGCUGUCCUCCCAGGUGUCCCUGCCCAAUGUUGACAUCAGCCAUUUGGGCGCUGGAUUCUGAGUGGCCUUUGUGUCUUCUGUAUAGUUUUCUGUACUUGGCAAAUUUUCUAUUGUGAUCCCAUUUAUAACAAAAAUAAACUUCCUGUUGUUA